GUUUCUUUGCAAAAACUUUCAAUCCCAGCCCCUUUCUACUUCAUGCUCCUACUCCAGAACCUGAACAUCUCAGUCGCAUACACUCCUCCUGAUAACAUAGCACUCGACUGUGGUUCCACCAACAACAACACUGAUAUCACUGGGCGGUUAUGGCUUGGAGAUACUAAAUAUUUAGAUCAGCCCAAUAACAUUGAAUCAGUUGUGUUAAGUGUUUCAGACAAUGACACGGGGUUUUUGUUUGUUAACGAGUUGACUUUUACCCGCAUCGAAAAGAACAUGGCUCUUGAGAUGUUAUACCGAACAAAUGUGGGCGGUAAAUUCCUUUCACCUUCAGAAGAUACAGGCAUGUGUAGGAGUUGGUCUACAGACGAUGAUUACUUGACUGAUGCUAGACCUAGUGCUCUUCCUUUUAAUACUAUCAUAAAGCUCAAUUUCAGCAAGAUACGCUAUUACAUGGCACCAGUCCCAAUUUAUGUAUGUGGCAGGUCGAUGGGGAACGACAAGACUAUGAAUGGGAACUAUAGACUCACUUGGCAAUUUCAAGUUGAUCCUGGAUUCACUUAUUUAGUCAGGCUACACUUUUGUGAGUUCCAGAGUGAGAUAACAGCCGUGGGAGACAGAGUACUUCAGAUCUAUAUACACGAUCUGGUGGCUGAAAAUGAAGCAGAUGUUGUUAGUUGGGCUGGAGGAUCAAGGAUUCCUGUGUAUCGCGAUUAUGCUGUUAUGAUUGCCGAAGCAGGAAACCAAAAGAAAACAAAUCUAUCGAUUGCGCUACAUCCUGGUCCAGUUCAGGAUACUUUGUAUUCUGAUGCUAUAUUGAAUGGGCUUGAAAUCUUCAAAUUGAGCAAUGAUGGAAAUCUCACAGGAUCUAAUCCUGACCCAGAUCUGAACCUGCAGAUGAGUCCGCCAAGCGGUGCAUCACCGAGUCAAUUAGUGAAGCCCAAGAACGACAAGGCAACAAUAAUUACCGCCGUCGGUGGUGUAGUAGCUGGGCUUUUUACAAUUUCUCUUUUAUGUUUCAUGAUUUCACGGUUUGGCUCUGUUCAUUGCAAUUCAUGGUGUGCACUGUCUUUUUGUUCCAAGACCGAGCCUACGUCUACGUAUGGCCCUGUUCUACCAUCUAAUAUGUGUCGUCACUUCUCACUAGGCGAGAUCAAAACAGCUACCAAUAACUUUGAAAAUACUUCCGUUAUUGGUGCAGGAGGGUUCGGUAAUGUAUACAAAGCGUUCAUUGAUGGUGGGUCAAAAGCAGUCGCAAUCAAACGGCUGAAUCCAGGGUCUCAGAAGGGGGCACAUGAGUUCAGGACUGAAAUUGAGAUGCUCUCCCAGCUCCGACACCAUAAUCUAGUUUCUCUAAUUGGUUAUUGCGAGGACAAUAACGAGAUGAUCCUCGUGUAUGACUACAUGGUUCAUGGGGCCCUGCGAGACCAUCUCUACAAGACCAACAAACCUCCGUUAGAUUGGGAACAGAGGCUCAGGAUAUGCAUUGGGGCUGCACAUGGGCUCCAUUAUCUCCACAGGGGUCCCAACCACACCAUCAUUCACCGAGAUGUUAUACUGUUGGGUGAGAAAUGGGUAGCCAAAGUAUCUGAUUUUGGGUUGUCUAAGAUGAAUAACCUAUCCAAGACCCAUAUCAGCACUGUCGUCAAAGGGGGUUUUGGCUAUUUAGACCCUGAAUACUAUCGACUGCUGCGGCUAACUGAGAAAUCUGAUGUGUACUCUUUUGGUGUGGUGUUGUGUGAAGUAUUAUGCGCCAGAGCACCACUGGAUCCAACGGUGGAUCAUAUGCAAAUAAGUUUAGUCGAGUGGGCACAACAUUGCUAUAACAAUGGAACCCUUGAUCAGAUAAUUGAUCCCUAUUUACAGGGUAAGAUCAACCCUGCAAGUCUGAAAAAAUUUGACGAAGUAGCUAUAAAUUGCUUGGCUUCCGAGGGGAUUAAACGGCCGGUAAUGAGUGAAGUGGUGUGCGGACUUGAGCUUGCAUUGCAGCUGCAGGAGAGUGAGAUGAAUGCAAAGGCUGAGAAUCAUUUAAAUGAUUCAACAGUCAUUGAUUAUCAUGUCUUGUUUACUAGUGGUAGCGGAUCAAUGAACACUGGUGGCUAGGAUCGAUGCUUUAAUUGUGUGCCAUAUAAUAAAUC